UGACAAGAAUCUCAUGUGGCUUUUCAGCCGGAGCACAAACCGCAAACACACUCUGUUUCAUUGAUCCGCUCACACCUCCAGUUCUUGGGGAUGGUGCUCCAGACCUCCAGGAUUUUUACUUUGCUGCUUGUGAGCAUAGUUGCUACUGUAUUUUUAGUUUUAUCAUGGGGACGUUUGUCAAGAAACAUCAGCUGGACCACUUUGGCAAGAGAAGCUACACACAGAGCACAAAAAGCAAAAACUGACCAAACGACAGCGGCCACGCACGCCGCCGCGGGUGAGACUCCCAUGCCCAUCCUCUCCAGAGAAUCCUUCAGCAAGUUUCCUCAGUGGGACUUUGAGGAUGUUUAUAACAGGGAUGCUCCACCCAGACACACUGCGUGUGCUCAGUCUGUACAAAACUCUGAGGACGAGAGCUUCAGGAAGGCAUUUCUUCCCAACAUUCGCCUGUUUAUGCACAAAGACGACAUCAACAUGAGCGAGUGGAACCGACUUUCACACUUCAACAACCCUUUUGGAUUUAUGGGAUUCAAGCAUGACGACGUGAUGGCUUCAGUGAAGUUGAUCCCAAAGCCAAAGGAGCCCCUGCUGGACACAAAGCCAGGCGGUGACGGGUGUGUGCGCUGUGCUGUGGUGGGCACUGCGGGGAUCCUCAAUGGCUCUCGAAUGGGGAAAGAAAUCGACGCUCACGAUUACGUGUUUAGGAUGAACGGUGCGGUCACUAAGGGUUAUGAGGAGGACGUAGGAAACAGAACAUCUGUGUACGUUCACACGGCCCACGCCAUCACCAGGUCGCUGAGUCUGCUCAAGAAGUAUGGAUACACAUCCACCCCCAAUGACGAGGGUAUAAAAUACGUGAUGAUUCCAGAGGGAAUGAGGGAUUUCUAUUGGCUCGAGGGUCUUUUCAAAGGAGAAAAAGUCUCAGCUGGACAAUAUCACAACAAACAGCCGAGGAUGUACUACGGCGGGCAAUACAAUGAGAGCCGCUUCUAUGUUCUGCACCAGGAUUUCCUCAGAUACGUACGGAACAGGUUCUUAAUGUCUGCUACUCUGAACACUUCAUCCUGGGCAAUGGUCAGACCGACCAACGGGGCGUUCACUCUGUUCCUGGCUCUGCACACCUGUGACAUUGUGUCAGCGUAUGGAUUCAUGACUGAGGACUACAAGAAAUACUCUAACUACUAUUUUGAAAGGACUGCUAAAACAAGUGUUGUUUUCUACCUCAACCACGACUAUAUCCUGGAGAAGAAUCUGUGGACAAAACUCCACAACAGCAAAAUAAUACGGCUUUAUCAAAGAGCGGACUCAGAAACAGGGACAGAAGAGCUGAAGCCACACUGAUACACUGAGGAUGGUAGUAACGGCAUCAAGAAUCUAGGUCAUUUUAUAUUAGAAGAACAUAUAUCUUUGUUAUUUUUAUUUUCCUUUUUUGGAAAACCAGAUGAGGUAAAUUUAUUUAUUAACAAAAACCAAACCCAGUUUACGUGACGCUGCCCUGAUUAGGUUUGUGAUAAAGGGCUUGAUAUGGUUUAUACCAGUUUUUUUACGGUUCUGUUCAACUACUUAAAGGGAUGGGGUGUGUCUGACUCUCUUGCUAAGGUGUUUUUUAACCUUAAUAAGCCAUUUUAAAAUGGGAUUUUGAAUGUUUUCUAUUAUUCUUUUUCUAUUCUUCUUAUGGAGUUUAUUAUUUAUGUUUUAAAUCGGCUAAAAAUAGUUCCUUCUCUUUGGUGUUUGUUUUUUUAAGAAAUUCAGCUUCACAA